AAGGCACAAAAUAAAGAGGGGGUGACACAACAGACCAAAAAAAAAGCUUCCAUUAUAUUUAUUGACUGCAGCCAAGAAUAAACCGGUACUAAUUGAAUUGAAAACGGGAGAAACAUAUCAAGGAGACUUGGUCAACCUUGAUCCCUGGAUGAACCUCACUUUGAGCAAUGUGAUCCAUACCAAUACCGGAGCCGAUGAGUUCAGUAAAGAAACCGAAGUAUAUAUUCGUGGGAUGCACAUCAAGUACUUGCGUAUCCCUGAUGAGAUUAUGGACUAUGCCAAGGAGCAGAAUUUGUUGAAUAUGGAACAACGGAACAAGAAUGUUAAACGAAGAGGCGGAGACCGUAAUCAAAGCGGUGGCGGUGGCAGAGAUCAUAGACGCGGUGGAAGGGGCGGUAACCGUCGUUUCCAAGGAGACAGGCAUUACAACAACAACCAUCACUACCAACAACGUGAUAAUGAAUAGGUUAUGUUAUGCCCAUUUGUAUUUUUUGUGUAUUAUAGAAUAAACAAGCAUACCAAAAGUAGCACCUUUUAAAGUGAGGGAUUUUACAGAAAAAGAAUCUCUUGUGUUUAGUCUUUCUCUACACAUGUCACAGAGAGUGCCUAACUACUACUACCCCAGUACAAAAUGCAAAUAUCUCCCGACGAGGGCUAUAUCGCGAGGCCAGUUUCGAGGGUUUAAUGAUUUACGUCGAUUUCAAUGUUUCAACAGCGGAUGCAAUCUGAGUACUAGCGAGUUUGCCUUGUGCGAAUACUGUCGUCAUGUACCUUAUGUUUCAUCGCCGUUGCGGUAUUCCUGUGGAGUUCAAAAUAUAACACCUACGGCCCUGCUGAAUCGUGGAAGUUUUAUUCCCAGACGGUCCAAGUCGUCAUCAUUAUCAUCAUCAUCAUCAUCAUCUGCAUCAUCAUCACGUGUGGAUACACCCGACGAGAAUGACAAGAUAGUGCUGAGUUCCGGGAAUGAAAUCAGCAAUAAGAUUACAGAGUUUUUCGACCAUUUGGAAGUUAGCAAGUGUCAACUCAAACAACGGAUAAUGAAAGGCAAGCUACUCAAGCGAAGAUCAUCAUCGUCAUCCAGUACUAAUGAAAAUCUAACUUGGAAUUCGAGUUAGUUUCCAGCUUUUCAAGUCUUCGCGAUACUUUGUCUCACUGAUUAGUCCAUUUAAUUCCCGCGGCUUACUGUCUUCAUCUUCGUCAUCAUCUUGAUAGUUGAUGUGUUCAUCGACAUACUGUUUGAGUUUCUGGUUAUGUCCGUAUGGAUUGUUGUUGUUUUCAAAUAUGUCGUUUAUGCAUUGGUCAGGGGAAUAUUCCAAGAGCUUGUAUAAUUCGGGAUCCCAGUUACUUUCAAGAAUCUUACAAUAUAACGUGCCGACUAUGGGAUCAAUCAAGAUUUGUGGUUUUGAAUUGAUACCGCGUGUGGUGGUAGUGUUGGUGGUGGUUGCUGCAGUGGUUGCACUAGCAGUUACGCUUGGUGUCGGAACAGAUGAUUUCUCGUCAGUUGGUGUUGGUGGGUGAUUAGGUGUUGAGUUUUGAAAUGUACCUUCGCCAAAGACUGUGUUUAUUCCACCAAAGACAUGUUUGUUUUCAAAUUGCGGAACAUUGAACGUGGUUCUUUUCGGGAAUGACGUUGUUGAGGAAGAGGUGUGUGUUGGUUUAGGUAAUUUCUUGGAUGAAUUUGCUGACGAGUUAUCGUCGAUUUGCAAUUGGGUAUGAAAGUCAAACAGUUCAGGAAGUUCGUUUAGUUGGAUAGUUAGGUUUAGAAUUGAGUUUACUUUUGAUUGGUUGAGGAGGUACUUUGUAGUUAUUGGUUCGUCAAAGUUUAGAUACUCGGCAAGGUUGAUGUCUAGCCUGCCUAGCUCAGUGGUUUGGCUUGAAGAGCCACCGUCGCUCCUUUUCGUUGAUUCGUGGACGUAGUAUACUUUUAGGAGUAGGUACUUGUUGCUGAUCAAGUUUUCUUUCUUUUUCAAGCCAAAGCGCAAGUUGCAUGACACUUUAUAGUUGAACACACACUUGAAAUUGUGAAUCUUCUUUUUGGAAGUGGUGCAAUUGACCGAGCUGCUGGUUGCAUUGUUUGAGCUAUUCCCACUCAGACUCUUGUGCACUGCAUCGUCAAACUUGUUGAAGAAACUCUUGUUGACGGAAGAUGAAGAGCUGUUUGUUCCAGCAGUUGAUGCGGAGGGAGGCACUGGUUUUAUCAAAUCGGUGAGUUUGUUGCGAUGAUGGCCAUCUUUGAUUUGUAGUUUUAUAUAACACGCCCCAUUGAUCUCAGGAAUGUUGGUGAGUUCAUUGAUUGAAAGGGAAAAGGCGAAUUUGGGUUUAUUUGAAGUAAACAUUGGUUGU